CCGAGGCCCGAGGCCACAGCGCGCGCAGCCUCUGCGCCCGCCGCCGGACCGGGCGCGCAAGAGGAACCCCGGACGGACGAACGACGACGCGAAAGAGCAGGCAGCAGCGAACCCGCGACAUGCGCCGGAGCGCGCUGCCGGUGGCCCGAGCCGAACCCGGCUGAGGAGACGGGGCCGACCGAGAACGCAACAGGCGGUCAGCAGGCUCCCCCCACCCCUAACGCGCCCCCCACCCCCUCCAAAAACUUUGGCCGUGCUUUUGACUUUUGUGCUCGCUUCUCUUUCCACUCCUCCGAAAACCCCGCCGGUGGUGCUUCGGUGAGCUUUCUCUUCGUGGAACUGUGGCGUGGCACGAGUGAUUGAGGAGCGUGAGCUGGUGGCGGCGGGUUGAAAGUCAACGGCGGGUUCGGGGCCUCGACUCGCGUCGAAAGAACGACGCAACGCUGCUGGACUGAGUUCGACUCUCGUGCGGUGAACUUGGACGGAACUGUGGUGUAGAACUGUGGCGGGCGACGGUGGCGCGAUGGCCACGACUACGCGUCGGUGUCCGGAGCGCAGGCGACCGGUCGCCCUGGUGGGAUUCGCCGUGCUCGUGUGCGCCUGUCGCUGUUGUUGCUUGGAUGAAGCGGCUGAUUCCGGAGCCGAGGAGAUGGAGGCCGGAUCGAGCUGUCCGCCUGGUCAAGUGCCCUGCGGCAACAGCUCGUCCUCGUGCCUUCCGAGGCGGCUUCACUGCGAUGGAUACCCGGACUGCAGAGAAGGCGAGGACGAAAAAGACUGCACUGACCUGCACGGAGGCCUCUCAGCAGUGCUAGGCGUGUUGUUCAACUGGAGUGCGCACAAUGUCAGCAGGACACAGGACACGUCCCCUCGGUUCUCCUGCAAUCGCACAGAUGUCCCAAAGGCUUGUUACUGUGAUCUCCACUCAAAGAGCAGAGUGUUCUGCCAAAAUUCGAACCUUACCCAGGUCCCGAGGGCAAUACCCGAUGUCACCCGUCUUACUUUUACAAACAACAGCAUGGGAAUUCUGCCUUCGGGCGCAUUCUACGGCUACACGAAUUUAACAAGCCUGAUGAUUGUAAACUCUAUUACCGGUAUACAACCUGGGGCGUUUCGUGGGCUGGACAUGCUACGAAUCAUGACCAUCGAAAACAACAACAUUUCUCAUAUAGAAGUAAAUUCGUUUAGCGGCCUCCUCAACUUAGUCUGGCUGACACUGAAGUACAAUCGGUUAGACGUAUUCGACUUUGACGUUCUUCAAGACCUACGUCUACUCGAGAUUCUUAACAUGGAAGGAAAUGGGCUGAAAAGGAUAGCCAAGCCCUUCCCGGAGCUGGCAUAUCUCACGUGGCUGGACCUCAAGAGAAACCAGAUUGAAGUAAUAGACGCCGACACAUUUGAGAAUCUUCUCAACCUGGAAGCUCUAAUUUUGCGCGAGAACCAUUUGAUGGAUGUUCAUGAAGAAGCGUUCAGGUAUAACACGAAGAUGUUGGAAAUAGACCUGGCUGUCAAUUUUUUAACGUUCGUCCGUCCUGGCUUGUUCCACGGCCUUCGAGACCUUAAGAAGAUUGACCUCUCAGCCAACGCAAUCAAGACUCUGCCAGUCACACUGUUUCACAACCUUCGAAGCCUCAACUCACUGAAUCUAUCCGGCCUAGAAGUUAACAACAUCGAGAUCCGGCAUUUCCGACACUUGCCCAAGCUGGAGUUCAUCUACUUCAAGAAGUUCCAGUACUGCAGCUACGCGCCGUACGUGCGCAUCUGCGCGCCCAAGACGGACGGUCUCUCGUCCACGGAGCACCUGCUGGUGUGGCCCGUGCUGCGGCUGUCCGUCUGGGUGGUCGCCCUGACCACGUGCGCCGGCAACAGCGUCGUGCUCGCCUGGCGCCUGCUCUCCAAGAAGGAGGACCGCGUACUCUCGCUCUUCAUCCGGAACCUGUCCGUGGCCGACUUCCUCAUGGGCGUCUACCUCGUCACCGUGGGCUCCCUCGACGUAGCGUUCCGCGACGAGUACAACAAGCAUGCCCACCAGUGGAUGUCCUCGUGGCACUGCACGCUGUGCGGCCUGCUCGCCAUGGUCUCCUGCGAGGUGUCCGUACUCAUCCUAUCCCUCAUCACGGUCGAGCGCUACCGCUGCAUCAAGACGAACGUGCGCGCCGUGACGGUGACGGCGGCGCGCUACUGCUUGGCGAUCGUCUGGCUGCUGGGCCUGGGGCUGGCCGUGUUCCCCGUAGUCAAGUGGCCGCAGCAGCGCGCCUUCUACUCCAGCAACGGACUCUGCUUCCCCCUCCACAUUGACGACCCCUUCAUGCUCGGAUGGGAGUACUCGGCCUUCGUCUUCCUCGGCGUCAACUUCUUCGCCAUGGUGCUUAUCAUGGGCCUAUACUUGUCAAUGUUCACGAUCAUCAGAGAAGACAGACAGCAUGCGCGUCCUGUCACCAUGAAAAAGCAAGAGGACGUCGUGCUAGCGCUGCGAUUUUUCUUCAUUGUGCUCACAGACUGCCUCUGCUGGAUUCCCAUCGUGAUCAUAAAGAUACUGGCCCUCUGCGAAGUGCGUAUCUCAGAGAACGUCUACGCAUGGGUUGUGGUGUUCAUCCUGCCAAUCAACAGCGCUCUGAACCCAGUCAUCUACACGCUUGCAGCACCGACGGAACUGAGACGCCGCAUCGAGAGGUUCUCCCAGCGUAUCCUCAAAUGCCACAAGCAAAUCGAGUGCAUGUUGACCAGUAAUAGGACUCCCCGGUCGUCAGUAGCUACUCAGAGCUUGACCGGCACCGACAUAGCCUCUGCAUCCACAGACUGCACUUCGGCUGGCGGCUCAUACCACCCCAUGGCUCGCCAGUCGAUCGCAGCUAUACACGAGCUUUCCGAGUCUUCCGAGGCCGACGAUACGGUUCUGUGAAGGGUUGAAUCGCGCCUGCGAAACAGCACGGUUAUCGACUAAUGUCAUGACACAUGCGUCUCCCUCCCUCCCCUCCCUCCUCCCGCGUCUACACAAUCCGUGAGACGACGGUAAAGGAUCCAAACUGUGCUAGCGGCGACAGGUACGCGCGUGCACAAGCUCGCCACUCUUUCACAUCUAGGGUGGUGCAGCUUCACCGAGAAGACAGAGGGUAUCGUGUUCAUUUCAUAGUCGUCAAAGAAGUGUAUCAGCAUAGACGAAGGGGUCGUUCAACGCUUAACGCGAGACGAUGUGUCGCUGGCUUUGGUUGGCCCUUAUUAGGUGCCCCCGCUCUCAUUGUGCAGUGGGCGUUCGUUAGUUUGAGUUGUCGGGAAUAUUAUUCGUUAGAAAAAUCUGAGCUAGACGGCCCAAGUGGUACACACGUUUUACGAGACUCCGUGAGUGACCAAUCUAUCGAUAAACCAAUACACUUAUUAUGCCCUCAAGGCGGCGUCUGCGAAGACAAGGAUGACCUGUACCAGGCUGGGUGCGAGCUGCUUCUAUCACGAAAGUACGCCGUUGCAUCCCUGCCAUUUGCAUCCUAGGUUUCGGGUUGUCGUAGCAGAGUUCCUUGCAAGAUGAGAACAUGUUGCUGACGAAGCGGCACAGUUUGAUGAACAUCUUGAUUGGCGCCAAAUGUAGGACAACGUUACACACGGUUUAAAUUGAAAUAUUGGUGCUCGUUUAGUGCUCACAGAAAAAACUGCUUGUAAUUAAUAUGCUAAUUUUGCCAUGAAAAUUCUGGAGAAAUACGUGAACCACCGAGCGGGUGAGCAUGGAAAGGUUGAGGUUACAUUAUCUAAACUACGGCAACUUUGUAUACCACACAGGUAUGUCAGUUCGAGGAUCGCCACUGGUAAAACCAACAUCACCAAGAGUGUGUUGUAGUUCUUACAGCCCGUGUGAACAAAACUUUUUAAUUGAAGUGAAAGUAAGCCGUCAUAUAUUUAACUACCGCUGGUGCUUUCAUGUGUGUUCCUUCUAUUGUAGUGUAUAUUUCGCUUCGUUCAAGGUGUUCUAAAUGAAAGCACGCUCAGAAUUUGCUGCUCCAUACUAUGUCGAUGACAAAUACUGCGUUUUUUUUUCUGUUUAUUUUUCCUUUCAUUGUGGCAAAACAUGUGUAGCGUUCUGCUUUCCCUGCGCCCACGCUACUCGGCAACUACUGAAUCUGGCGUGCUUGCUGGUUUCGUGAAGGUUGGCCCAGCAAACGGCGAACAUUACUGCCAUGCGCCGCUUGCCAUCAAAACGCGACGUGACUAAAGGUUGUAAAGGUGUAAUCUGGCGCAGAACUACAGAACCAUUAAGUUCUUGUUCUGAGUGUCCUUCAGUUGCUCAUAACGUAUAUCAGCAAGGGGAGUAUGCCGUGAAGAUGUGUAUACAGCAUGAUCGGCGGUGUGCCGGUUUAUAACCGCAUUGUUUGACCAGUGCUUGCUUGAUGCAACUGAAGGGAGAUGUAGGCGAAAUCUUUUCAUAUGUUUGUCGUACAAAGCUAAAAUAAUGGUAGGAGACGUCUCCUGAAACCAAGCAGCAUCUAUGGUAGCUCUAAUUUGAUCAGGUUGACAGAGAUGAGGAGGAAAAGCUGUAAUGAGCAACCGCUGUAGGGGUUAUACAUCAUCCACAUCAGUCUAAUUCAUGAAUCCCUUAUGCGAUCUCACAUUUUCCCAUACUGCCUUUUUAAUUCAUCUUUAUAAGACCAAGCUGAUCUCAGAGUAGACCACCUGGUUGACUUUAGAGAUAAAUAGCAAUGCCUUUGAAAAAUGCUGCGCACAGCAAGAUCACUGGGACUCUCGGUUUAGCAUUGGACAGAAGUGUGAAAUUUAUUUAAGAAAAAAAAUCACAAAUUUGCAGAUAUUUAAAUGAUGCACGUCUCUAUGAAAUUCUGCGUUCCCAAAUCAUUCUCAGACGUUACUAGCUCGAAUAUUAGUUACCAGUGUACUAUCAAACUGCUUGCAAUCUUUUUAAAGCUACCUUAUGUAGAAGGUAAGCAAGCUUAAGUGUACUCUGCUGUUUGGUGAGCAGAAUUUCCAGCAAACUUCUUCAAGCUCACAUGACUAACCCUGCUAUGGUAGGCUGUCGUGUUGAUAACGACGGCUUCGAAUGAAUAACAGGCAACUUGUUAUUCAACAUAUUCUACUUAGAUACGUCAAUGCUAUUCGGCAACAUUGCUUAAUUCUGAAAAUUAAGAGCCUUACUUGCUUAAACAUUGUGUGCGCUGACUGUAACUUGCAACUCAUGCUUUCAGGGCAACACUGCCAAAUUAGUUGACCCGCGUAGUUACGUUUCCCUGACUCGAAGAUUGAAGGGCAUGUUAUUUUCCAGCGUUUUAUAAGUAUGCCGGGCUCCCAUGGUAUACAUAACGUUGCCAUUCAUGAUCACAAUUGUGCAUAACUUUCUACAGCCAUAUUCACUAUUCUUGACAGGGUAUUGACUCCACACGUCCACCCCACGGGUUUUACAAGUGCAUAUAUGAUCUGUACUGUAAACACGUCUUAUUGUUCGUCAGUGUUAUAUCGUUAAACAGCCUCGCUGUGUGGUAUAGACAGCUCCGUGCUUUGCCGGUCUCAAUCAUAGCUAGCCAUUGUUACCCCAAGUUUUACGUGUGAAAUGCACUAACUUGACUGUUGUCAGUAAUUUAUGCAUGAUCCAUGUCCGGCACUGCACUCUCUGUAAAUAUUCUCAGCCAUCCAAGCUGGUGCCACCACCUCGACGAAUCCCUUCAGUGUCUAAACACCGAGAUACCCAGAAGGUAUCUAUACCGAUGGGAUUAGCCUAUACUACAAGUGUCGUUGCUCACUUAUACCCAAUUGGUCUACGUAUAUUUAGAGCGAAAAUUUAGUGUAAAAUGAGAUUACUAUUUGGUGAUCGUGGCCGCAUUGAUUCCUCUUUUGUAGCCCACAUAUUGUAAAACAAAUGUCUGUAUUCUUGACUGUGCCUACGACGCGCUUAAUUUUCUUCACGUGUAAUAGUGCGAAUAGGGCUAAUUUACGAAAUAACUCUUCGCUGCCUUCCUGUCGUUCAGUUCAUGUCCACCUUUUAUUUCAUGUGGUGGCUACCUUUGUAGUAAAGGCAUGAUAACUAUUCCUUGAAAAAGAUUAUGCUUUGCGUAAACCCACCUCUGCUGCAUUAGUAAGCAUAUAGAAACAUAAACAACAAAGCACACUGCGAGACGCAUCUUUCUUUUAUUUCCCACGCCCUAAGUUACAAAAACAACGAAAAUAACAACACGUUGAACGAUUUGCAGUGGACGCAAGGCGGUUGCCAAGCAAUGGUACGUUCAAGGUUGUAUGAGAACGGAAGUGACCCAUUGUGGACAACCUGAGACAGUACUGUCCUACGCGGCGCUUUUACGUAAUUGUUCUAAAAUCACGAAGAUGCGCAGCAGUAGCUUAAAGCUCAAACUUCCCGGCAUUUUUUUGAGUCUAGCUUGUCUGAAACCACAUCCGUUGUGUUGCGGAUCAGUGGAGUCCACGACAUCACGUGCGUUUGCCCUCGUGGAUGUGCGCAACAUACUUAUGGUGACCUAUAUUCACACACACAAAAAAAAAGACGAAUGAACGAUAUUAUGAAACUUGGUGCUUGAGAAAUUGUGUUUUUGUGCGAUGCCAGACGGUCAGGUAUGUCAGCGUUGAAACGAAACAUUUCUGAAGAUAUUCUAGAUGAUUAUGCAACAUUUACCCAGCGUUACUCCAACCAGCCAAAACAGGAAUGUCAUUGUUCGGUGCGAUGGCUGUAGCGACUCGCUAGUUAAGGCAGACGAUGUCGUCGCCAUCGAAAUUACCCAGUGGGGAUUGUAAGAUAUGAGCAGGAGGCCGGACGUAUUAUGUCGCUGUACGUUUAGAGGAAUGACAUUGCGGUGUUCGCAUCUCAUAGCACGAAAAUCAUCGCACGCACACCGGCGUUGGCACCACGUGUUCAAUGGAUGUGCUAUUGUGUCGUUGCUCCAUUAUGCUAUAACUGUACAUAACGACUGCUUCUUUGCCGAUGUUGUAUUCCAUGACACCUUUGCGCAACCGCUAGUUAUAAGUGUAUUGAUGGGUCCAAUCUAAAACUGUGCGUUAAUGUGGAUAACGUAAUUGUCGGCGCUGUUUGGCGUUUUAGGGCUACGAUUAAGGUCAACAACUAUUGAAAAUGUGUCAAGGACUUAUGUGCUAUCCUUUCUUCCUCUCUACAUUGCUUCGGUUUAGCUUCAAGGGACUAAAAAAAAGCGGCUAGCACUGCUGGCCUACUGGACUCAGUACAUGUCGUUUAUGUUGAACGAAAUCGAUUUGAUGCUGGUUUGAGUUGUAUAGAAUAAUGCAGGUUUUGACAGCUAGGUCCUGCUGUGGUAGUUCCUUGGACAACCAUUCGCCUUGCAGCGACAACAUAGAAGUAAAAUAAUUUAGAGCCGAGCUCAGGUGUAUAUCACGUUUACAUCAUAAAACCUGCUCAAUAUACGCUACUUAUUCGGUUUCUGCAACUUUCAGCCUGUUCACGUUUACCGAUAACAGUACACGAGAGCAUAACAACUGAUGUCAUUAGCCGUAGCAAGACAGCCGCUAUUACGCUACAAAACUGCCAACCUAAAAUUAACACCGAGAGAAUCGACAAACCUUAAGGUUUUACAAGCAGCAAAACCUGCCAUAAUAUUACCCGAGAUAGUGUAACUGCAUUUACAUUCAUCGGUUAUGAGAAUUUCAGCUAACACGCUACAACACUUAAACUAUUACGCGAUGUUACAAUGUGGAUAGCACACCAGAGACAGCUGCACGUUUAGCUGUCGCAGUGGCGACCAGAGAGUAUACAUUGUGGGCAUAUUUAUCAACAGGAAACCUUCCCUUUAAAAUGUAAGGAAGGUCUUUCUAUCAUGUAUGUACACAUUUCUGACAUCUGUAUUGUACUUUCAUUUCGUUUCGUUUUUGUACGACAAGUGAGUAAUAAAUUAUCUGUAACACGCACAGGGUGCGUAA